AGAGAAGGAGGGGUGUAUGGUGUGUUGUUAUAACCCUGAUGGUCUCAGGUUACCUGUGAUACGAUUCUGCCUGGGCAUGAUGAGUAACGAUAAACACAACUACGGACGAGCCACGUUGCUCCACAGAGGCUUCAGCUCGCUCCAGUACAAACUUAAGAGAAGUUGUUAGAACAUAUCUUCACACAGACUUUGCUUCAACUCACAUCUCAAGACUUUCUGGGCCACCAUCCUGUUUCCACAGCAAUGAUCUUCACAGCAGAGCAGGUGGCUUGUGUGUGCGAGGUCCUUCUGCAGGGCGGUUGUAUGGAUCGCCUUGCUGGUUUCCUCCGCACGCUUCCUCCUCCUUCCCUCUCCUCCUCCUCCUCUCCUUGCCUUGGGGAGCUGGAGAGUGUGCUGAAGGCUAAAGCAGCAGUGGCCUUUCACCAAGGCCACUUCAUUGACCUCUACACCCUUCUGGAGGGCUUCCCCUUCUCCCCACGCAGCCACCCGCUCCUGCAGCAGCUCUGGCUCAGAGCCCACUACAUGGAGGCCGAGAGGCAGAGGGGCCGACCCCUGGGAGCUGUGGGGAAGUAUCGCGUAAGGAGGAAGUAUCCUCUUCCACACACCAUCUGGGACGGAGAGGAGACCAGCUACUGUUUCAAGGAAAAAUCACGGAGUAUACUCCGCGAGUGGUACCGCCAUAAUCCUUAUCCUUCUACCCAGGAGAAGCGGGAGCUAGCGGCGGCCACCGCCCUAACGACCACACAGGUCAGCAACUGGUUCAAGAACCGCCGGCAGAGGGACCGAACCACCGAUGUCAACGGUUUCCAAAUAUCUAGCUCUCGAGGAACCUCAGGAGAAGUCUACCCUUCCUCUGACAACGACUUUUCACCUCCAGGAAGCCCACAUCCUCUGUACCACCGCCCUCCACCUCCACCCCUCUCCCACCCACCACCUCCUCUACGUCACUUGUGUGGAGGCCUCAAUCGAGUCUGCCCUUCAAAUGUUUAAUUUGUGAUUUCUAUUUACUUGGUUGUUUCUUUUUGAUUAGUAUAACAUCCUAUCAUCCUUCUUAUUGAUUGUAAAUUCUAUUUACUGGUGUCAGUAAAACAAAUACUUUCCAAGUAAAGUUUGUUACCAA